AUGAAAGGUUACAACAUUUUCAGAAACGACCGAGUAGGAAAACCGGGUGGAGGAGUAUUACUUGCAGUCAAACAACAUAUUAAAUGUAGUGAAAUACUUAACAAAACUGUCGAAAAGAAUGAAAUUAUAGCUAUUGAAAUUGCUACACAAUCAUUAAAGAGCGUAUUAAUUGCAUCAAUUUAUGUACCACCAACAGCAAAAAUCCACACCAACAUAUUUAAUGAAUUGUACAAUUUAAACAACAACUGCAUCAUAGUAGGUGACCUUAAUGCAACAUUAUACAAUAUGGGCUCAAGAAGAACAAAUGCAAGAGGAAGACAGUUACAAGAGGUAAUCAAUGAAGGUUAUGUUAAUUGUAUAGAUGAUAACAGCACAACAUUUGAAAAGAAUGAUUAUGAAGAAAAACUUGACUGGAUAUUAGCCAGUCUACCACUUCUUUCAUUAAUAUCAAACGUCGAAACACAUCCAACAAUCGGUACAUUAUGUGGUCAUAAACCAUUAACCUUCGAUAUCCCAAUUGGAACUGAACCAAAACCACCAUCUCCAAGAUUAUCCCUCAANAGAAUUGAAAUUAAUCUUUCGUUUAUGUCUAUUGAAUAA